AAAGAGUUAGCAGGUGGGGGGGAGGCGGGGAGGCCGCUCCGGCCUGACAGCCGGAGACAACUGGAAGCUGCCCUUUCAGAGGCAAAGGAGCCCCGGCAGGAACAAGGAAGGCCCGAGCGAGCGAUGGCCCAGCAAGAAGACCUGCCCGUGGGGAAGGCCGGGUCCCGUGACCCCCUCACCAAAGAGAUCGAUUUGGUGGAGAGAGACCCCAAGCAAAUCAACCAAGAGGUGGUCAAGGUGGACUUUGAAGACGUGAUCGCCGAGCCCGAGGGCACCCACAGCUUCGACGGGGUGUGGAAGGCCAGCAACACCACCUUCACCGUCAGCAAAUACUGGUGCUACCGGAUCCUCUCGGGGGCGCUGGGCGUCCCGCUGGCCUUGCUCUGGGGCUUCCUCUUCGCCUGCGUCUCCUUCUGCCACAUCUGGGGGGCCGUGCCUUGCAUCAAGAGCUACCUCAUCGAAAUACAGUGCUGCGGGCGCUGCUACGCCCUGUGCAUACGCACCUUCUGCGACCCGCUCUUCGAAGCUGUGGGCAAGGUCUGCAGCGAUGUCCGGGUCGCCCUGCGCAAAGAACGUGCCAAGGACUGAAGCGCUGUCUCGGUCUGGGACAGGACUCCGGUGGGUGUCUUCCUUCUCUCGCCUCCCCAAGCUGGGCGAGGGUCAGUCCUGGCCUCUGAAGUGAAGCUCGAAGGGGGGAGCCGCUCCCCUGGUGAAGUCCACACUCUCCCCGUCCUGCGAACCCCUCCUUUCCCCUUUUGCAUAUCCAGGGCUGAUCCAAGACUUUUCCAGAAUGCACAACCAGACGCCAACGAUGUGGUUCAAGGGGAAGAAGAACGCGCAGUUCCAAAAGAACCUUUCGUGCAAUUACAAAAUUCAAGUCAUGCGAAAGUUCUGUUAUGUCGUAGACAUGCCUGUCGUGCAUGGAAUCGUGUGUCGCAGCGCAGUUCCAAAUCUUCCUUUUCAAAAGCCAUGCAGAAGUGAAAAAUUCAAAUGGUACCCCCCCACACCAUUAGCCUGCAGAUUAAUUUCCUGUGGGCAAUUCUCCUCCAUGAAUCCCAUUCUCCAUUCAUGAGCCACAUUUGCUUCAAGUGUGGGAGACUUUCCCAAGAGAGGGCUUUCCCCACAUUCUCCUUUCCUCUCUUGUAAGGUUCCUGUUUCUUCAGGGGCAUUUUCUGUUCUGCACCCUCUAGUGGUCGAUUUGAUAUUACACUGGUUUGUGUCCGGCAUAAAAACAUGCCGCUUGAAACUGCAUGGACAUAUGCUGGAAAUCAACCAGUGUAAUAUUGAUUAGACCACUAGAGGGAGCAAAACACAUACAGAACAGGAAACACCCCCCUCAAAGAAACAGGAAACAAGGAAAACGAGAACACGAAAAAAGCCCAGAACCUGCCCCAUGUAUUUAUACCAGUUUUUCCCAUUCUGCCAUCCUGAAUGGAGUUCCCCAUCAGUUACCCGUAUUAGCCAUAAGAUCAUCUCAGUGUAUACAACAGGGGCAGUACUGGGUGAGAGAUGAUCAUGUAAUUUCCCCCAGUGUUUUGCCCCAAAGUCCGUUCUCUUCUAGGGUAAACACCUGCAGCUCAGAUCCCUCUGUCUCAAAUCAUACUAUCAUGCUAGGGCCGCGGUAGCUCAGAGGUUAAGAAGCUUAGCUGCAGACCGGGAGAUCUGUAGCUCAGCUGUUCGAGACCCAACUGCCGCAUGAUGGGAGUGAGCUCCCGUCUCUGGCCCCAGC